CGUUAUACCAAAAACUCUAGAAUUUGUAAGCCCUCUCGCGCCACCUCCCUUCCACAAUCCACACCCACCCCUGUGUGGCUUAUAAGAUGCCGUGGCGUGUCACCCGAACCCGAUCGGAGCAACCAACUAGUGUUUAAUCAGCGGUCUAUGGGUCUUGCGUUGCGUCGCAUUCUUUUCUUCGCCAACCCCCGACUUUCCUACUCCUCCAUGCAUAUAUGAUAUAGCAUUGGAUACACUCCCAAAUGUCCAAUCUCAAUCAGAUCUAUAAUAUUAUUUAGUCAUUCCCCACAGCCCAAGUCCCCACUCCACGAGGCUUCUCGCUUCUAAACACCUUCCUUUGCCUACUCCACUUUGCUGCUUAUGUUUAUGCCAGAGCCACACACACACACACACACACAGAGCUGCUUGGGUAGUAGUAAAUUCUGAGCCGAUUAUGGCUCCGGCGAACUCCACCAGGGCCACUACCACCACCAGUCAGUCGAAAAUGAAAAGCCUCCGCCGAGGACAAGAAGAGAAGUGCUUGGCUAAUAGUAAAUUCCAGCAACAGAGGCCGGCGUCCUUCCACAGCCGGGGGACGGAGCUCUGCGGCCACGUUCGACAGCCCAAGACCCACCGGGACCUGCUCGAGAGACGGAGAAGGGGCGCAUCUUCUGGGGAGGGGGUCUGCGGUAGAGUCAUCGACGGUAGUAUAUAUUCUGAGGCCAUGAGGAGAGUGCCGGCGAAGGUGCUGGUGAACGUGACCGUGCUGCGGAGUCCCGGGCCGGUGCAGGUGAUGGCGUCGAUGGAGUGGAGCGUUGCGGAUUUAGUGGCGGCGGCCAUGCAGCUCUACGUUAAAGAAGGCAGGCAGCCGCCGCCGCCCACGACGGCGCCCUCUGCCUUCAGCCUCCACUACUCCCAGUUUAGCCUGGAACGUUUGGAUCCAAAGGAGAAAUUGAUAGAGUUGGGCUCCAGGAACUUCUUCCUCUGCCCCAACUCCGCCCCUGCAGCUUCAUCAGAUGCUGCUGCUGCAGGCGCUUUCUCCUCUGCUUCAUCUUCUUUCGCUUCAUCGCUAUCAUCCUCGUCGUCAUCUUCAUCUUCUUCCUCUUCAUGCUCAAGGGAAGCUUCAGAGAAGGCUUCUAAGAUUGGCAUGACUUGGCUUAAGUUCAUAGAUUUCUCAUUGUAGGCUAAUUGAUCUUCUUGUUUGUAUCUUCUAUACAUGAUUAGCUAUCGCACUUGGCAUACUUAUUUGCGAGGUCUUGACGCGAAGUAUACAUGGAGCCUUCCAUACCACGCAGAAGGGAUCAUUGUCUGGUUAGGAUGUAGCUAGAUUGUAGUUGUCGCUGUGUUAUGCAUAAACGUCUUUUGUACAUAUAUAUUCGCCGGUUGGGUGUACUAGAGUCGAAUCAAUAAUAAGCUCUGAGCUGAUUGCGAAAUAA